AAUAUCUACGAGACCCUUCUGGACCGGCUGGAACAGAUCUGGGCGUAUUAUCUGUCUUUUCAAGCGGCGGCGGCGAAGGAGCUCAAGGCUCCGUUGUCGUCUGCGCCUUGCAGUCCGGCCCCCGGGCGGAGAAUCAUCAUCAUUCGCAGUGACAACCAACCAUCUCCAUCGAGUCUGUUUGCGUCAUUUGACCGGGUCACCACCCCGCCCUCGACGCUGAACGAUCGAUACCGAAGUCAUGGCAUUCUGAAGUUGGAUCCAAACGGGUUGCCGCCGGAGCCUCAGAAGAGGAGAUGGAAUAUCCUGAAGUCGAUGUUCGGUGGGCCCGCGAAUCCGAAGCCGGGCGAAGUCACGCCUCCUGACAGCAGUUCGGACGAGUCCGAACGGAAUUCGACGGAGACAUCUAACGGCGGCCGACGGUCGAAUGAGAGCAGCAGCCAGGGCACGGACGACAGCGACAGUGUCAAGCGACCUCCCACGCCGCACCAGCCCUUUUGCUUCCGGUUCUCACUCGAAUGGCUGGACCGGCCGCAGUGGCCCAGCAAGAACAAGCGGCUGUUUACGCCUUGUCUGCCCGUGGGGGCACAGUUGCACGUUCAACACCGUCGGUCGAUGGCCCUUUCUCAGACGGAGGGCGAGGAUGCGAACGACGACGACGCGGAGUCGGGGGACGAUUCCAAGGGCGGGGACACCUCUACGGCGGGGACUCAGGAAUCGUACGUGACGAGCAAAACGUCGGUGGAGGCCUCGUCCGAGACGGAAGUUCGCCGUCCGCUGCGCAACGAGCGGCUUGUGGCCAGCAAGUAUGCGGGUCGAGCACUUGCCGAAUGGGCACAAGUGGUGUCGGAGUGCGACAGCUUCUUCGAGCGGCGUCGUGAUGAGGGGGUGCCGAGUGACCGUCUGGUCGAGACGCCCACGUUGGGAGUUGACAGCUUCCGGAAGUGA